GCUUCCGCUCAGGGAUAUUCCUCUGCCCAGCGAUUUAUAAAUCCCAGUCGCGACUGCAUUAUACCUUUGAAAAUUCGCGGGUACAGAGUUUUGGAUCCGGAUUGCUGCAAUAGUCGUUUAGGGUUUUGAACUUUCGCGUUAAAACACGCUGAAUCUGUAAAUCGAACCCUAAGCGAACCGACAGUCGAUUUCACUCAGUAUCCGAUUCCGGUACGACUUGUAUCUGGUGGUCUCAUAUAAUGGCAUUGCUUUCAGCAUCCCGUCGACAUCUAUCUGCAUCUUUGUUGAUGCGCAACAUAUUAUUUAUAAGCAGCAGAUCAAUAACAGCUUUUAGGGAGGAACGGGACACCUUUGGUCCCAUUAAUGUACCAGCAGACAGAUUAUGGGGUGCACAGACUCAAAGGUCGCUGCAGAACUUUGACAUUGGUGGAGAGCGUGAGCAGAUGCCGGAACCAAUCGUACGAUCAUUUGGUGUUCUUAAAAAAUGUGCUGCUAAGGUCAAUAUGGAGUAUGGUCUUGACCCAACUAUUGGCAAAGCAAUAAUGCAAGCUUCUCAAGAAGUUGCUGAAGGAAAACUGAACAGUCAUUUCCCUUUGGUCAUUUGGCAGACUGGCAGUGGGACUCAGAGUAACAUGAAUGCUAAUGAGGUUAUUGCAAAUCGUGCUGCUGAGAUUCUUGGGAAAACACGCGGUGAUAAAUUUGUACAUCCAAAUGAUCAUGUCAAUAGGUCUCAAUCUUCAAAUGAUACAUUUCCCACUGUUAUGCACAUUGCCGCAGCUGUUGAAAUCAACUCAAAAUUCAUACCAAAUUUGCGGCAACUACAUGCUGCAUUGGAUGCAAAGGUUGGUGAAUUCAAAGAUAUUGUGAAGAUUGGGCGUACACAUACUCAAGAUGCAACACCUCUAACCCUUGGACAAGAAUUUAGUGGCUAUGCUACACAGGUGAAAUAUGGCAUUGAACGUGUCACAAACACAUUACCUCGUAUGUAUCAGCUCGCCCAAGGAGGGACUGCAGUCGGAACAGGUCUCAACACGAAAAAGGGGUUUGAUGCUAAAAUAGCUGCAGCUGUAGCUGAAGAAACUAAGUUGCCAUUUGUCACAGCUGAGAACAAGUUUGAAGCUCUGGCAGCACACGAUGCUUUUGUUGAGACCAGUGGAGCCUUGAACACUGUUUCCGCUUCUCUAAUGAAGAUAGCAAACGAUAUCCGACUGCUAGGAAGUGGGCCUCGCUGUGGGCUAGGUGAAUUGCUUCUACCUGAAAAUGAACCGGGUAGUAGCAUAAUGCCUGGAAAGGUGAAUCCUACCCAGUGUGAAGCUUUGACAAUGGUUUGUGCACAGGUUAUGGGAAAUCAUGUCGCAAUUACAGUGGGAGGAUCAAAUGGACACUUUGAGCUCAAUGUGUACAAGCCAUUGAUUGCAAGUGCUUUACUUCGGUCUUUGAGAUUGCUUGGAGAUGCGGUGACUUCAUUUGAAAAGAAUUGUGUACGGGGAAUUCAGGCCAAUAAUCAAAGAAUAGCACAACUUGUGCGGGAGUCAUUGAUGCUUGUUACAGCUUUGAAUCCCAAAAUUGGUUAUGAUAAAGCAGCAGCGACUGCAAAGAAAGCCCAUAAGGAGGGAACAACAUUGAAGGAAGCUGCCUUGCAACUUGGAGUACUUACAUCUGAGGAGUUUGAUGAAUUGGUUGUACCAGAGAAGAUGCUUGGGCCAUCAGAGUAAUGCUUCUAUUAGCGCAAUUGUUUUGGCAGGUUUCUUAUAAAUUUUGAUAAUAAAUUAUAUUGUAAUAAGAUAAAUAAUAAAUAACAAUUACAGGUCAGUUGAGAUAUUUGUUUCAAUCUUUGAAAUUUUUUUCUCCAAUUUAUUGUGGAGAACUGAGAUCAGCCUGAUGCCUACAAUUAUUUUUGUAGCUUUCAUUCAACUCAAUAAAAUUGACCUUUUAUUUGUUUAA